AUGUGGCAACUCUCUAACGAGGUAUUGGCCAAUACGGAAUCGAAACAUAGUCUAUGCACCAAAUCACUGUUACAUAAUUUAGUAAAAUCGCGUCGUAUUGGAAGUGCAAGCUCCAGUUCCUUGGAUCAGCAAAGCAAUAGUUCAAGCUUAGAAUCCAUUGAAUCAUUUGCUUUAGAUUGCAACCAAGCCUUAUCUACGUCAUGUUCUGAAGAUUCUUUCGAAAUGUCGAGUACAACUUCAAGACCAACUAUUGAAGAUCCUUCACAACUAUCACUUCAGGGUUUAAACUUGACAUCGAGUUUUUUGGGUCCAGGAAAUUCGGUGCAGCCAUCGAAUAUAUCUUACAAUUAUCAAGAACGUAAAUUUUCUGAAUGUAAUAGUUCAAACCAGAUGUCGAGAGAUAGUUUAGAACCAUGUAGCUCGCGAGAGAAAUCCAGUUCGCUGAAAAAUACGGAUUUCCUGCCAAAAAGCAAUCCACCGAAUUUAGCGAACCAUUACGUUGACUGUUUCGAUGAACCAAAUAAUAUCCAAGAGAUCUUUCGGGAUGAAGCAACUGUGAAUGGUACCGUGAGUCGGGAUGGAGCGAGAACCACCGAAUCAUGGCCUAUGCGCCACGGCAUCUCAGGUACAUGGAAAUCCAAAGAUUCCAUUAAAAGGGAUAAAGCUUCUUUACGAGAAUACAUCGACAAGGAGUUGGAUAAUUUAGAUACAUGUUUACCACAGCUGGAUUUUAAUAAACUGGAAGAAAAAUUGAAUUGUGCAGCAAAAGAACGAAUAGUAACAGAAAGGAAAUUGCUUGGUGAACAGGUGCGUCGGCGUUUAGCACUUCAAUUGGAUCAAUAUACAGCAGGACCAGCUCCGCGAGUUUAUACGAGGCCAUCGAAGUCAAAUCUUGGAUUUCGCCUGCAGACAGCUAUGAAUUUGCAGGUCUGCUAUAUUAAUGAUCUGAAAGAUGAGGAAGGCAACGAUGAGGAAAGUUCGGAUGAUGAUUUUUCUGUGCCCAAAUCGAAAUCUGCGCCGAACCUACGAUGUUCUGUUAUUGAUGGCUCCAGUUUGAACGCUUCUCAGUUACGUCAGGCCGUGUCAGCUAUAAAAGAAAAACGACAAGUUUUGGAAGAGGAGACGAAAAUGAUGCUUGCGAAAGCGAAGCAAGCUGCAAGAAUGCAGAUGGAAAUUGAAAAGCUUAACACAAAUCGAUUUACUACAGCUAUUCCUCCAAAGGCUUCUAGGUUGCAGUUAUCGAAAAUGACACGUCAACAACUCAUCGAAAUAAGUGAAAAAAUUAGCAAACGUAUUAGUGAAGAGAAUGCGGAAUUAAUGAGGCUACUAGUUGAAAAAGAUUCGCUGUAUAUGCAACAAGAUUCGAUGCUUGUCGAUAUCGAAGACAUGAUACAGCAUGAGAGCAAUUCGGAAUCGUUGAAUUUGCCCGAGUUUUUGAAGGUACAAGCAACCCCAUCUGUAACCAUGUCUAAAUUUCGUAUUUUCAAUGGCUGA